AUGACGUCAGUAUCUGUAGCGUUCACGAACGUUGCUGGCUUGCUGGCACACGGCAGCAAAAGCAGGUGUCGUAACGCGGAGGUACUGCGAAGCAGGUCAGCAGCAGAGAGAGCUAGCGGGGACCGUCAGCGGUGGCGUAUCUGCAUGAGCGACGGCGAGCGCGUACACGCCUAUACGGAAACUGUUGUUGAGUCUCAGCUUGGAUUCAGCGUUUCGCGACGAGCACUUUUGCAUCACCUAGCUCUUGGCGCGCUAGCUGUUGCUUUGCCGCGCAGCGGAGCGCUAGUUGCGGCACCGCUCGCUGAGACCGUGCGAGGCGCCGCCUGGAAACAGGUGCCGCUGCCGACGGAGAGUGUGCUCUUCGACAUAGACUUCAGCCAGAAGGAUCCUAAUCACGGCUGGCUUGUAGGGACUCGUGGCCUGGUCCUCGAAACGCGUGACGGAGGCGAGACCUGGGAACCGCGCGCUUUCGAGGACGUCGAGCGUGAGGAGGAGCUGAACUACCGUUUCUCGAACGUGAGUUUCAGUGGAGAUGAGGCCUGGGUCAUAGGUAAGCCUCCGGUUAUGUUGCGUUCGACCGACGGGGGCAAAAACUGGUCACGUAUUCUCCUCUCUCCAAAGCUACCCGGAGAGCCACUGCUGGUUACUGCGCUCGGUCCGAACUGCGCUGAAAUGGUGACCAGCUCGGGUGCCAUCUACGUGACGGAAAAUGGUGGUAUCAAUUGGAAGGCGCUGGUACGGGAGACUAUUGAUGCUACCUUGAAUCGAACGAUCUCCUCUGGUAUCACCGGAGCGAGCUAUUUCACCGGCAGCAUCGUUUCCGUGUCGCGCGAUGUUCACGGGAAUUAUAUCGCGAUACCUUCAAGGGGUAACUUUUUCCUCACCUGGGUGCCGGGAUCCGAUUUUUGGACGCCUCACGCUCGAUCCACUUCGCGACGCAUCAGCGCAAUCGGCUUCAUUCAGAAUGACGCUACCAAAGGUAUUUGGGAAACGAUCAGGGGCGGCGGUCUGGGGUUCACCAAGCCGAACGUGAACCUGAAUUCAACUGAGACGAUUGCCUUCGAUAUGGUCGAUUCUAAGACUGGUGGCUACGGUAUCCUGGAUGUCGCUUUUCAGGACGAUCGGCACGUCUGGGCAGCGGUUGGUGGUGGAAGCAUGUACCGCAGCGAUGAUGGCGGCAAAACAUGGCGACGCGAUCCGCUUGUGAGCAAAGUAGGCGCCAAUCUUUAUAAGAUCAAAUUUUUCGGCUCGCAGCGAGGAUUUGUCUUGGGUGCUGAUGGCGUGCUGCUCAAAUUUCAUCCGGAAAACGUCUGA